GCUGUGAUGUGAGGGACUAAUACUGGAAACCCCAAAUCCAAACUACAAAUCCUACUCCCAGGCGACAACCGAUAUACUCAGAAUCCCAACCCUCUCUCAUGGCCUUUCGCUCCGUCUUCGACGCCGGAGCACUCCGCUCUGAGUUCGAAGCCUCUGGAAUCAGCACCCGUUUCAUUCCGAUCAUCUGGAAGCACGUUUUCCAGAACCCUAGAUGCCAGCUAGACGAGGUGCCGUCACUGCCGGCGGCUGCUUACGCCGUUCUCCGCUCCAAGUUCAAACCGAUGACGUCAUCUCUCUCCUCAGCCGUCGAUGCCAAGGAUGGGGUCACCACUAAGCUUCUGAUUCAUCUUCAGAAUGGUUCUUCUGUGGAAGCUGUAAUUAUGAGGUAUGAUACAACACUGGGAAAGUAUGAUGGGAAACCUCGUCCUGGGGGUUUGAGGUCAACCUUAUGUGUGUCAUCCCAGGUGGGUUGCAAAAUGGGUUGUAAAUUCUGCGCUACUGGAACUAUGGGUUUUAAGAAUAAUUUGUCAUCUGGUGAAAUUGUUGAGCAGCUGGUUCAUGCAUCUCGUAUUUCACACAUACGCAAUGUUGUUUUCAUGGGAAUGGGGGAGCCAUUGAACAACUAUAAUGCUUUAGUGGAAGCUGUACAGAUUAUUACUGGACACCCUUUCCAGCUUUCACCUAAAAGGAUUACUGUAUCAACUGUUGGGAUCAUUCAUGCCAUCAAUAAGAUCCAUAACGACCUUCCAAAUGUGAAUUUAGCUAUAUCAUUGCACGCACCAGAUCAAGAAAUCCGUUGUCAAAUAAUGCCUGCAGCACGAGCUUUUCCUCUUGUAAAACUCAUGGAUGCAUUGAAACUCUAUCAGAACGACAGUCAGCAGAAAAUUUUUGUUGAGUACAUCAUGCUUGAUGGGGUGAAUGAUCAGGAGGAGCAUGCACACCAGCUCGGCAAGCUACUAGAGACGUUCAAAGUGGUUGUGAACUUGAUACCCUUCAAUCCCAUUGCUUCAAGUUCUUUCCAAACUAGCACAAAACAGAACGUGACCAAAUUUCAGAAAGUCCUUAGGGGUCUUUAUAAUAUCCGAACUACAGUUCGUAAGCAGAUGGGCGACGAUAUAAGUGGUGCUUGUGGUCAGUUGGUAGUUUCUCUCUCACAACAGAGAUCCGUGGGUGGUGCAAGUCUUCUGACUGAUAUUGAAGACCUUUGAAUUUGAUUUUAGUAGACCAGCAAAUACACUUGCUUUUGUAAGUAGUCACGGAGCUCUAGUUUGUCGCCCAGUAUUAUGAAUAUAUGCAAUUUGCAGCAUCUCAGAUAGGCAUUAUUUGCUAUUCUUAGCAUGCGACGUUCCACAUGCUAUCUUACUAGUUCUUUUGCUAGGCUGGAGGUGGAAAUUUUGGAGUGUGCAAGAUAAAUGAAGAAAAUUCUGUGUAUGUUAAUGAUUGUGUUAGUCAGAGUUGUAAUAUUUGUUCAUAUAUUUGAAACAAAGUUAUAGUUUCAGAAGUUAGAUCAUUAAUGUUCAUGUGAUACAGAAUCUGUCAGAAGACUCACUUGUUCGUUUUUUACUUUUUUUGGUUUCUUGAA